AUCCAGGACUGUACCUGGAAAAUAGGGACACUUGGGAGAAUCUGACUUCAGCCAGGCGAAAACUGGUUGGUAUUUGGGGCCUAAGUCAUUUAGGCCUAAGUUUAAGCGCUCAUGUGAGCACCUCAAAAUGGCCUCCCCAACCAAAAGGCUGUUCCAGAACACAAAUGUUUUCUAAAGCCUACUCCAGUCAGUGGUCUACCUUGUCGCUGCGUUUUGGACAAUCUGAAGUUUCCACAAGCUUCUAGGGAGCACAAAGCAGAGUGAGGUUGUCUGUUCUACUCCGGAUGAAGCAGGACUGGAAGGGAAUGCGACCAGCAGGCGCCGCUCUUCGGCCACCUCCGGCUGCCGGCUCUCCCCACCCUCCUGCCCAGCCUGCCUUCCCUGUCCCGGGCCAAAACCGCAACGCAGCUGUCGGCGCGCAAAGAGCCAGCGCGCCUUGGAGAGGAGCAGGAGCGCGCCGGAGCAAGGCGGGAGCCGUCCGUGGACCCGAGGCUGAUUUGCAAGAGGUGGCGACCAUGCAGCGGGCGGACUGGGACGAGCAGAGCGAGCUGCGGGAGCUCAACUCCCGCCUGUGGCUCUACGUGUCGCGGGUGCGGGAGCUGGAGGAAGAGAACCGGCGCCUGGCGCAGGAGCUGGGCGCGCUCCGCGGGCGGGAGAGGCAGGUUUGCCGCCUGCAGGAGCACGAGGAAGAGGUGGCCGAGCUGCGCCUGCUGGUGAGCGAGCUGAGCCGGGCCAAAGGAGAAGCCGAGCUGGAUCGCGACGCCCUGCGCCAAGAGUUGGCCAGCUUGGAGAGGUUGGGCGCGCAGUCGGUGGAGCUGCGACGGCGCCGCUUGGAGCCCGAGCUGGCCGAGCUGCGGCAGCAACUGGAGCUCUUGCGGGCCGACUGCGCCGCCCUGGAGGCGCUGCUGGAGCGCCUGCGGGCCGAGCACCGGAGACUGCAGGAGGAGCGGCGGCGGCGUCCCCAGCGCCUGCCGGCCCUGCUGCCUCCUCCGCCGCCGGCCAGGACUUCGACGCGCGCCGUCAGCCGACGGGAGCUGGAGGACAGUUACGCGUUGGUGCUUAGCUGGAGCUGCGAGCAGAGCCUGGAGCGCUACGAGGCCGAGCUGCAGGCGCUGCAAGAGCUGGAAGGGCGCCUUGGCAGGGAGAACCUGCAGAAGCUGCGAGCCCACAACGAGCAGAGCCGACGGCAGCUCGACGAGCUUCAUCGCCGCUGCCAGGAGCUGGGCGCGCUGGCGGAGCGCUUGGAACAGGAGCGGCUGGCGCAGCAAGAGCGCCAGGGCGCCGAGUUGGCCGAGUAUCAGGUGAUCAUUGAAGCCUUGGAAGAAGAAAAGCAUUUCCUAACCAUGUCUAUCGCAGAGUACCUAAAGGACUACCAUGAACUCUUGCAGGUGAAAGCUGGUCUCAGCCUUGAAAUUGAAACUUACAGAGCUUUACUAGAAGGAGAGAGCAGUCAAUGGAUUCUUAUGUGGGAUGAAGAGCAUGGCAGGAAAUUACCACAAGGUGUCCGGAACAAGCUUUAUGAGUACAGCAACCGCCACUCAGCUUAUCAACAGGCAAAAGGAAGGAGAACUUUUCCUGCAAUCCAGAAUGUUGACACAAGAUAUAAAUCCCCUGUAACAAAUAUUAGCAGCUCUGCAGUUUAUUCAUCUCAAACAAAAACUGGUGGAAUGCAGACAGUGACUCCUGGGAGACCAUUAAGAAGAGAUGCCUUCAGGACAGAACACCGCCCUUCUGCAGCCGUCACAAAGGACACAACUCGCAAGAGAACUAUGACAGAACAGAGAGAGAUGCGAACAUUUACCCCACCUUAUCUUAUUAGCCAGGGGAAAGAAGCUCAACGAAGAACAUUUCCUGAAAGGCAGAAAACUGAAGCUGGGAGUACUGUGUCUUUGAAAGAAUCAACAACUAUUCAGAAAGGCACAACAAGUCCAAAUAUUUCUGAAAAUGCAAGAGCGAAAGUGGGUAUGUUUCCAUCUUCUGGGCUAAGUUCCAGUUCUAAAGAAACUAAAUAUGAGAGAACCAUAGAAGGAACUCAGACUAGAGUGAGUGAACAGAUCAAAGACAGCAAGCCAGUGAAAGAGGAAAAAACUGCUUUGCUGGAGGGAAGAGAGAGAAACGAAAGAUGGCCCAAGGAAAAGAUAGACUCUGCCACUGUGAAGACCGACAAGAAAUCCAUCAAUGUUAGCUUUGAAAAGAAGACUGAAAUUAAGGAAGGCAUCAUUGAAGAAAAGCAGACAGUGGAAGGAUCUACCAUGAAGGAUAACAUGAGGGGAAGCGGCCUUUUGGGAGAUAAAGCACCCAAGCCCGGAAGCUAUGUGAGAUGGGAAGAAAGGAUUAGAGUGGACACACCAGGGAAGAAUCUUCCAACAGAUACAAGGAUGGAAGAAAGCCAUUCAUUUCAAAGGGAGAAAAAUGUGAGCAUGGCAACACAAAGUAAAGAAGCUGCUGAGAUCCCUAUCCCGUCAGAAGUGUAUACUCACAGCCAAGUACUGAAAGACAAUAGCGUAGAAAGAACAUUACAAGACUUGAAGCCUUCUGUUGAGAAACAGAAGGAUGACACCACAUUUAAACUUGUCAAAGAAUCUAACCAAGAUGAAAAAGGGAGCUCCAAAAUAGACACCUUACUUCAAGAAAGUAUAGCAGAAUCCAUUGUUUCUGACAUUCUUAAAGGGUUCGUGCAGAAACCUUCUGAUGGUGGAGAUCCCUCUGAUUUCAAAGUCAUCUCCAUUGAAAAGAAAGACAUUUCAGAGAAUGGAAAAGUGAAGACUGAGAUCAAUAUACAGUCUACAGUUCAAGAUGAAUUGCACAUUUCUGAUGAGUUUGACCUGGGAACUUCCUUAGAGAAAGAUGUUAAAAAAGUUCUGGGAGACAUUAAGGGAAUUCCAGAUGAAGGUGUAAUAGAAGAUCUUGUGAAAGGAAAGGGGGGCAAAGGCAAGAGGACUGUUAAAGUUGAAAUAGUUGAGGAGCCAAUGGAAUCUACAGCUGAAAUGGAGUCUUCAACACCGUUUGAAGUAGAGGAAGUAGAAGAUACAUUGCCUGAUAUGGCCAGGCAUCUAUACUAUGGGGAUGAAGAUAGAGCUACCACAAGUACUAUCAAAGAUGUUAAGCAGAAGCAACCUAGUGUGAUCGUGUCUCAUGUGGAAGAAGUAUCUGAGGGGGAUGAUGUAGUUGAUGAAGAAAAGUAUUUUGUGUCUACUCCAGAGGAGCGCCCCUUGGGUGAAGAAGAAGCCUCACUAUAUGGUCAAAUCCAUAUCGAAGAAGAAUCAACAGUUAAGUAUUCCUGGCAAGAUCAAUUCUUGCAGGGAUCUCAAACAAAGAUAAAUGAAGGUAUGGGCUCCCCAGAACUGAUUUACCAAGUGAUGGGGGGAGGGACAGCUGCCUACAUUUCAAAGGAGGAGGUUCCAAAGGAGCAAGUGGCUCAUGCCGAAUCCAUUGUUAUUGAGAAAGAGAUUAAAAUCCCGCAAAAAUUUCAGGAGUCCAUAAAGGAUCUCUUUUCUCAGGAGUCAAAGGACCCAAAGCUUCAGUUGAAAGAGGCACUGGAAAAGCUUGAUCACACCCUUCCAGAAAGUGUGAAACAGGAGCUCUCUGCAUUAACGGAAGAGGGCCAAGCUGAUGCUAGCAGUCUAGAAGUGGAUAUUAAAAAAACAGAGGACACAAAAAAGGGGGGGUUGGUUACUAUAGUCGCAGAAGUCAAUCUGUCCCAGGUGCUCAACCCUGACCAGUUAAAUGCAGAACUUUUGGGCAAGAUGAAGUUGCCAACACAGUUACCAAGCGAUGAUGAUUUUGAUGACCGCCGAAAGCAAGAGUCAGAAAGCUACAGUGGUGGUAGAAAGAAUGUUGACAUAGAUGUUUCUUCCACACCUUGGACUAUAGAAGAGGUUUCUAGCUCUAGCAAACUAAGCAGCAGUGAUGCCAGGGAAUAUCAUACAAACGAGCAAGUUAUCCACCAGGUCCCAGUUUUCAAAACUAUGGAAAUUAAUAGAGGAGGAGGCGAAUAUUCUUCACAAGGGUCAUCUGACGUUAACAGACAUUUUCAGCAAAUUGUAGUUGGUCCAACAGAAAUUCACAGAACUGAGCAGGUUUUAUAUGAAGGCCCUAUUUCUGAAACUCUGGAGUUUGGUUCAGGUGGCUUUCAGACUGGAGCAUCUGCAGAUAUCAGUCAGUCCACAAAGGAAUUCAAUCUUGGCCCUAAAGAAAUUCAGACCACAGAAAAAAUAAUUUAUAGAGGGCCUGUUCAUAAAACCAUGGAAAUGAGUGGCCCUGAAAGUCCUACUCAGGCACAGUUUUCUGCCGAAAUUAGGUCCUCUAAGCACGUUACUUUGGGUUCAAAUCAAAUUAUUGAAGAAACUGUUUUUGAGGGGCCAGCUUCAGGCUUAUCAUCAAACAGUAGCAGUGAGGCUGUUUCUCAGACAAAAGGGCCAGUAGAAAGCAGCAGUUUGAUAAGGCACAUUCGGAUAGAUCCCAAACAAGUACACACUGAACAAGUUGUAUAUGAAGAGCCCCUUUCAGGAUUUGUGGAGCUUAGUAGCACUGGAGGCCAUACUGUGACUGAACAGACAGUGAGACAUAUUCGUCUAGGGCAAAAAGACACCCAUAUAUCUGACCAAACUAUAUAUGAUGAAUCUCUCCUCAAAGCAACUGAAUUUGGUGGCUCUCCAGACAAACAUUUCAAGGAGGGGAUGGUAGAUACCAAUACCACUGUUCGGCACAUCAAAUUAAGUCCAAAACCAUUUGUAACAACUGAGGAAAUUGUUUUUAAGAUGCCCACUUCCGAACAGCACCUAGAGUUUAGUGAAAUGGGACAGGCAUUUUCUUCUGAAGGGUUAGUAACACACAUUAAAUUAGGGCAGAAGGAAGUUCUGAGCAGUGAGCGUGUUGUUUACCAAGGUUCUCUUUCAGAAUCUUCAGGGAUCAGUUCUCCUGGGGAAGACAUUUGGGAAGAAGGAGGUUCCAUGGAGGUCAGUAGAUCAAUGAGGCACGUCAGACUCAGCCCUGCUGAAACUCAUGCUGAACAGAUUAUAUUUCAUGGCCCUAUUUCUGAAACAGUGAGGGUCGGCACUGCAGAACUAUCCCCAACAGAUGGGCCCUCAGAAAGCAGCAAAUCUGUUGGGCAUAUAAAGAUAGGACCCAAGGAAAAGUCUUUUACCUUUCAGAUGGAUGUAACCAAUGUGGAAGGGGGAAGGCAAGAUGCUACCAUUCUCGUACCGAACAGGAAAAAAGCAGCUGCCUCACAGCUGGAGGGCACCAUGAAAGAUGAUCAGAAGGACACAGAUAGUGAACAAAGAUUAGAGGAGUCAACAUUUGAUGAGACUGUUCAACUUCAAAGGAUGGUAGACCAAAGAUCGGUGAUUUCUGAUGAGAAGAAAACGGCUGUUCUUUAUCUGAAUGAGAAGGAGGAGGAGGAAGAAGAAGACGAUGGACCUUGGUUCUGAAAAGAAUAUUGUCAACUUUUAAAAAAAAAUCUAGGAGCUUGAUUGUCAUUUAUAUAUAGCUGACUUUAAAAGGGGGGGAUUCCCUUCAACUUAGCCAUUAACAAUGACGUUAUAUAAGAGUAUUUUUUUAAGCAGGAUCUUUUGAAUGCACAUGUGUUCACAUGUUACAACACUAGGUCUGCUUUUGCUAAUGCCAUUGGGUCCUGAGUCUGAGAGUAUUUGACUCUACAGGAAAACCAUCAACCUCAUUUAAGUCUAGAAAGCUGUGAUACUAUAGCAGCUUUAAAAAGUAUUCAAGAGCAAUCCAAUUUAAAUCAUCUGGGACUUGUCUGGAGAAAAUGUCUUUAUGGCAUAUGCAGAUAAGUUUCACUUACUUUUGGAACCAUUUAUUAAAACUGAAAGUUGCGCAAAACCAGUUGGGGAAAAACAUAGCAAAAAUAAAUGAAUAGUGUUGCCAGGCAACCCAGUUAAUCGCUGAUCUGUCAAAUAUACCGUACCUUUCAGUAGGUGACCAAGUAGGAAGAUAGGAAGCUGCCUUAUACUAUGUCAGACCAUUGGUCUAUCUAGCACAGUGUUGCAUGCACAGACAGGCAGCAGCUCUCCAGGUUACAGACAAGAGUCUUUCCAGCUGUAUCUGAAAAAUGCUGGAGAUUGAACCUGAGACCUUUUACACAUGCUCUACCACUGAGUUCUGGUCCUUCUCCCAACCAAAUGGAUGCAACAGAAGACGAGUGAAAAUGUGUUGAAUUCAUAUAGGUUAAUACCUUGUUUUAUUUCUCUCUUUUACACACACACACACACACACUACAACCACCACCUCUAAAACGGUGGGCAUAUUUUACUAGCGAUGCAAGUUUGAUUAGGAUUAAGGCUCUCACUUUUAAGCAUUUUCACAGAAAUGGCGUUAAAAUGCAGGGGGAGAAUCUUCACCUCUUAAGUGACUUUUUUUCAGGCUGCUCUUAAAUUCACAGGAACAGGACCAAUGAAAAGUGGCCACCCUGUUUAAAGUGAGUCCCUGCACAACUCCUGUUUGCUGAAAUGGGGCUGUGAUGUUGCAAAGUUUAGCACACUCACCAUUAGCUUGUGCUAAAACGCCUUGUAUCCAGUUGCUAUGAGCUAUGUCAUAAUGAUAAGGGUGCUAUAAUACUUCAGCACUAAAAGAAAGAAAGAGCGAGCAGCUACAUUUGGUGCUGGUAAAUAAACAUAAAAAAUUAAAUAUGCACCCAGAAUGUGCAUUUUUCUUACAUUUAUUUCUAAUCACAAUAGGCAAGAAGAAUUGAGAUGAACUCAAAAUGUAAGUUUAAUUUGGUUGGCCCUUGUGAAAAAAGAAUUUUUUGACUAGGUGGGUCCUUGUAGGGCUCUUCUUAGAUUCUUAAGCUUCCACAGCUGUGUGACUUACGUUUCGUUGCAUGUGGUGCAGGAUGGGGUGUGUGAAAUUAAAAAUCGCACGAAAGGCUGAAGUUUUGAUUGUAAAUUAGACCAGGUAUCCAUCUAGUCUAGCAGUCUGCUUCCGUGUAGCCAACCAGAUGCCUCUGGGAAGUGCAUGUCAAGGCAGUGGCACUCUUCAACGUUUGUUACACACACACACACACCAGCAACUGAGGUGCAGUGGUGUGAUGAUCCUGUGAUUCUCCUCUAUCUGGUGACCCUGUCCAUAGCCAUUGGUAGACCUAACCUUCCCAAAUUUGCUUGAUCUCCUUUAAACGAACCCAAGCCAGCAAAUAGGUGACUUUUUAACAGGCCAAGAAGAAAGGAAUCAGACUUGAGAACAUUUGAUGCUGUCUUAUAUCAACUCAGUCCACUCUAGCUAAGAAUUGCUCUUGCCCAGGGGUGAGGGCAACCCUUCUCUAGCCAAGGGGGUGAUCUGUCAGGGGCUGCAUACCGGCAGUGGGUGGAGCCAGAGUGGACAAUGGGCAGAGCUGGAGACAAAAGUUUACCAGAACGAAGAGCAAUCUCAUUUCAAUUUUCACCAUGGCUACUUCAGAGAAUAAGUACCGAUCCUAUUCAGGUCUGUUCAGAAGUAUGCCCCAUAGCAUUUGAGGGGGUAACUCUGAAAUACAUAUAAUAAUAAUAAUAUAUUUAUUGUUUAUACCAUGCCCAUCUGCCUGGGUUUUCCCAACCACUCUGGGCAGAUUCCAACAGAAUAUUAAAAAUAGAAUCAAACAUUAAAAACUUCCCUAAACAGUCUCAUAGAAAGGAAGGGAACAUGAUUCCUUUAUUACCUUCGUGUUUUAAACUUGCUCCCUCUCUUUGUCACAGACAUGGCAUUAGCUUACCAAUUUGUUCUCAGGUAGCUGGGGUGUUUCCCGCCCCCCACAAGCAGCUGGGGUGGGGUGGGAAUAAAAAUACAUCAAUUUAUUUUGAUAAAAUAUAGAAGGACAGAGGAACACUUUUAAAAGCCAUGGAAAAUGCCAGAGAUACCAAAGAGGAAGGGAAAAACUGAUAGGGUGGAAGACAGGCAGCCUUUGAAAGCACUGGGGGCUGCAUACCAUGUUGAUGGCCACAAGUUGCCUAUCUACAGUCUACCAUGACUGGAAGUGGCUUCCUGGAGUUUCAUAUGAGUCUGUCCCAGGCCUUUCUAGACCACAUCUGCACUAUACAGUACAUUUAAAACACUAUUGUACCACUUGAAACAGUCAUGGCUUCCCCCCAAAGUAUUCUGGGAGUUGUAGCGUGUUAAGCAUGUUGUUGUUAGGAGACGCCUAGUGGCCUCAUGAAGUUGUAAUUCUCAGAGUGAUUUAAUUGCAGCUUUGUUGGGGGAAUAGUCUCUCAAUGACUCUCAGCACCCUGAACAAACUACACUUCCUUUGGGGCAAGCCAUGCCUUUUGAAAGCGGCACGAUAGUGCUUUAACUGUAUUUUUUUCAUAAGAUUUAUAUACUGUUCGAUGGUAAUAAAACUUCAAAGCUGCUUACAAAGUAAAGAAUAAAACAAUAUUAACAGUAAAAAGCAAUUAAAAACAACUGUUUAAAACAUUAAAAAUAAUUGAAAUCUAUUUCAUUUGUAUAGUACAGAUGAGGCUCCAGAUAUUUUCUGCAUGCAAAACAGUUCUGGCUUCUGCCAGAGGAAUUUUGCAACUGGAUGCUUAAGGCUGGACAUGCACUUACAGAUUCAAACUUAGAAUCUUAGGCAUAUUUCAUUACUGGUUUUCUACACCUAAAACUGAAUCGUCACUUAGCACAAGCUGCUGUUUCGCUUGUUUUUAUCCAGAGAGAAUACAACUUACUAGGAUCUAACCUGUCACAUAUAUGCCAGUCUGUCCUAUUUAAUAGUUGUGUUUCAAUAGCAUCGAGCUAGAAAGAUUAAUAACAUUGCCUCAGGCAAUGUUUCUACUCACAGGCAGAGCUUAUUCAAACAUUUUUUUUAAAUUGAAUAUGAACAGUGGGAAGUUGGGGGCGGGUGUAAUGUUAUGCAGUAGAAUAUGCUUGUAGUUUACCUCAGAAGUGGGGCACUUUUCUCCUUAAUGCUGCAAUCUUAAGCACACUUGGGAAGUGAAUUCUGUUUCAAGUGACACUUUCUUCCAAUGCUUUUUAAUACCCAUUACUAUAAUAACCCAGGCCCUGAUCCAGCUUAUGCAGGACUUAAUUCCAUUUAAAGCAAAAGGAGUCAAGUUAGUGGUAACUGACUUUUUCCAUUGGCUUCAACUGUAGCUGGAUUGGGGCCAAAGUCAUGGGAGUAUUCAAUAUCUGUGCAAGUGAAAUGGAAAAGGUGUUGGGAGUUGCAGUGUGAGAACUGUAGCUCUAGGUCAGCCACCCCUAACCUGGUGCCUGGGGGUGCUGGGCAUUGGAGUUCAAAAUGUCUGGAGGGCACCAGGUUGCAGAAGGCUGCCAUAGGCAAAAGAUUGCUACAGUAGGUGUUUUCAGAGGCCGUAGACAUGUUGAAAUUGGGUGGAUUAAUGUCAGGUGGGAUUUUGUAGGCCAUUUUUGUAUUUGUUGGUUAAAAUGCAGUGUGUGUUUCUGUGAUGGUUUAAAGCUAUUGUGACUUUGCACUUUUUUCUUUAUUAAGUAUUAAACAUUAAAAAUGAAUGUGUCUUCCUCUUUUAUAAA